UCCUCCAGCUGCGGCGUCCCAGGCGCCCGCCCCUCGCCCGCCGCCUCCCCUGGCGCCCCUGCCCUCGUCCUGCGCUGUCCGCGCGCCUCCGACCCGCGGUCUCCAGCGCCUCGGCCCCGACCCCUCGCCCAGAAGAUGAAGAUUUGGUUGCUGCUGGGUUUUCUGCUGAUGCAUGAAGCUCUAGAGGAUGUUACUGGCCAACAUCCUGCCAAGAGCAAGCGUCCAAAGGAGCCGGGAGAGAACCGAAUCAGGCCUACCAACAAAAAGAUGAAGCCCAAAAUUCCUAAGAUAAAGGACAGGGACUCUGCUGAUCCAACACCAAAGACACAGUCUAUAAUGACGCAAAUGAUGGAUAAAGGUCGCUUCCAGAAACCCGCUGCUACCCUGAGCCUGAUGGCAGGGCAAACUCUGGAGCUUCGAUGUAAAGGGAAUAAAAUCGGAUGGAGCUAUCCUGCAUACCUCGACACCUUUAAGGACACCCGCCUCAGUGUGAAGCAGCAUGAACGCUACGGCCAGCUGACCCUGGUCAACUCCACCGCAGCCGACACGGGCGAGUUCAGCUGCUGGGGACAGCUCUGCACCGGCUACGUCUGCAGGAGGGACGAGGCCAAGACAGGCUCCACCUACAUCUUCUUCACAGAGAAAGGCGAACUCUUCGUACCUUCUCCCAGUCACUUUGAUGUCGUCUACCUGAACCCGGACAGGCAGGCUGUGGUUCCUUGCCGAGUGACCGUCCUGUCGGCCAAGGUCACCCUCCACAGGGAGUUCCCGGCCAAGGAGAUCCCGGCCAACGGAACGGACAUCGUUUACGACCUGAAGAGAGGCUUUGUGUAUCUGCAGCCUCACUCCGGCCACCAGGGGGUGGUCUACUGCAAGGCGGAGGCGGGGGGCAAGUCUCAGAUCUCCGUCAAGUACCAGCUGCUCUACGCGCAGGUUCCCAGUGGCCCUCCGUCAACGACUAUCUUGGCCUCUGCGAACAAAGUGAAGGGGGGAGAUGAUGUGAGUGUCCUCUGCACAGUCCUGGGGGAGCCAGAUGUGGAGGUGGAAUUCAAGUGGACCUACCCAGGGCAGAAGGAUGAAAGGCCCGUGACGAUUCAGGACUCCUGGCGGCUGAUCCACAGAGGCCUUGGGCACACCACAAGGAUCUCCCAGAGUGUCCUGAGCAUUGAAGACUUUGAGACCAUUGACGCAGGUUAUUACAUUUGCACUGCUCAGAAUCUCCAAGGACAGACCACAGUAGCCACCACUGUGGAGUCUUCCUGACUUGGAAGACGAAGUAUAAAUGAACUGACGGAAAGCCCACUGGUGUCCCCAACCAGCUCCGGGGUUCUUUGUCUUUGCCAGGGCCAAACCCCAGGCUCUGCCUUGAGUCAGACCCAGACCUCCAAACUCAAAGGAAGUCAUCCGGUCUGAUUAUAGAAGUGUUAACUCUCCUAGCAGAAAGCAUGUAUUCUGACUGCUGACCUAUGUAUAUGCAUUUCUAGUGUUUCUACUCAGAAGGCAUAUAUGUAAACAACUUUAUAUAAUCAUUUCUAUUAAAGAAGCAAGUUUUUGUAAAAAGUUAAAAAAAAAGGGCUAA